AUGCGGCGCGGCGGGAACGGCAGCGAGGGCGAGCCCGAGUGGCCGUGGCCGUGGCCGCCCUGCGACGAGCGGCUGUGCCUGGCGCUGCCCAUGUGGGUGCUCGUUCCCAUCACCGCCGUCUGCCUCGGGCUUUUCGUGCUCGGCGUGGCGGGCAAUGUCCUCACGGUGCUGGUCAUCCGCAGCUACCGCGACAUGAAGACCACCACCAACCUCUACCUGGGCAGCAUGGCCGUCUCGGACCUGCUCAUCCUCAUGGGGCUGCCCUUCGACCUCUACCGCCUCUGGCGCUCCCGGCCCUGGAUCUUCGGGCAGCUGCUGUGCCGCCUCUCGCACUACCUCAGCGAGGGCUGCACCUACUGCACCAUCCUCCACAUCACCGCCCUCACCGUGGAGCGCUACCUCGCCAUCUGCUUCCCCCUCAAGGCCAAGGUGGUGGUCACCAAGCGCCGGGUGAAAGCCACCAUCGGCGUCCUUUGGGCCUUUGCCUUGCUCUCCGCCAGCCCCUUCUUCUUCCUGGUCGGCGUGGAGCAGCCCGAGAACCAGACGGACUUCAGCCGCGAGUGCAAGCCCACCCCGCAGGCGCUGCAGUCCGGCCUGCUGGCCACCAUGUUCUGGGUCACCACCUGCUACUUCGUGCUGCCCGUCACCUGCCUCAGCGUCCUCUACGGCUUCAUCGGCCGCGAGCUGUGGCGGAGCAACUCCCGCCUGCGGGGCCCCAGCUCGCUCCUCCGGGAGAAGGGGCACCGCCAGACCAUCCGCAUCUUGGCUGUGGUGGUUCUGGCCUUUGUAAUUUGCUGGUUGCCUUUCCACAUUGGCAGGAUCAUAUUUAUAAACACCCGGGACAUAAGGACGAUGUUGUUCUCCCAGUACUUUAAUAUAUUCGCCCUGCAGCUUUUCUACCUGAGCGCAUCCAUCAACCCUGUCCUCUACAACCUCGUUUCGAAGAAGUACAGGGCAGCAGCCUGCAAGCUGCUGCUGCCACGCCGAGCUGCAGAAAGGGCCUUCACGGUGACAAAAGACGCUGGGGGCUACACAGAGACCAGCGCCAGCACGAGGAACGAGUACACCACCAGCUUCUGAGAUGCACCCCGCACUCCUUCAGGCAUUCUUGCCUAAGGAAGGGAACUUCCUUCUCAUGGCAAAGUCACAAAAGGAUGGACAUUUGUUAGGGAAUGAGGUAUUUUGUAACUGUCUGUGUUUUGGGAUACCUGUAUUUUUGGUAACAGAGCAAGCAGGCACCGUGAAGUAAGGAGAAUGAUGUGCAAUAUUUGAAAGAUGAGAAGUCAAUAGGAAAAGCUGGAGUAAAUUGCCAGUAAAACAAUGGGUUUACUUUAUUACAUAUUGUUCAUUGCACAUGGUCUGUGCCAUUUCUAGUAUUUUCUGAAAAUCGUAACACCAAGGUCUGCAAAGGAGCACUUUUUGGGAGCUGUAAUGGGUGAAACUCCAGAUAGCCUCCACCAUUUUAAAGCACUUUCCUUAUAAACAAGAUUUUACAAAACACAGUCUCGUAAGGAGAUGGGUGCAAAAAGAUCAUACACCAACCUGAACAGCCAUUGAGAAGAACCAAAAGAGCUGUAUGUUUUUAGUACCUGGUCUUGUAAUCAUGAAGGGGACUUUUCUGGGCAGUUUCACUAAAUUCCCUUAGGAAAGCAUCUGCUGCACACAGCAGUCUCUGGGCUUAAUCCUUUUGGCCUGACCCACAGGAUCAAAUAAGGUCUUUUAUUUACAUGUUAGCAACGAAUCCUCUGUUGUAGAACUUGAGAUAACCCAGAUCACUGCCUUAGGAUAGAUGAGCAGUGUUUAGUAAAUGGUAGUGAUGUGUCUCCACUGCGUCACAUUGUGCAUUGUGUGUGCAAACAAUAAACCAAGUUAACCCACCUUGACACAAACAAGACCCAUCACUGAAUGUGCUGGACUAUGCCCAGGACUUCAUGCUGUAUAACGCUGCACUGCAAGUCAAAAACCAACUUCACUAAUCCUGCUCUAAAAGAUUUUAAUUGGAAACUUCAACUGUACAAUUUAGGAAGGAGGCUAGUUGUGAGGAAAAGCUAGAAGAAGCUGUGCCGUGUUUUCUCUGGAGGAUCAUUGGCUGUGUGCAUUUUACUUGUUACUUUAUUGGCUCUAGUGGUGUAAAUCUGGACCAAAAUGGAUGACGUGGGACUGCGCUUACAGGAGCAUCACUGAUGCUAUAUCCAUGCUUGCUGUUGGUUCCCUGUUAACUUAUUCUCCUUUCAGGCAGUUGUAGAGAGUGAUACUGUCCCCUCUGAGCCCCCUUUUAUAUAGGCUGAACACCCCCAUCUCCCUCAGCCACUCCUGAGUUGUGCUGCAGACCCUUCACCAGCUCUGCUGCCCUUCUCUGGACACACUCCAGCACCUCAAUGUCCUUCUUGAAGUGAGUGGCCCAGAACCAAACACUGGGAUUUGAGGUGCAGCUUCACCAGUGCUGAGUACAGGGGCACAAUCCCUGCCCUGAUCCUUCUGGCCACAUUGUUGCUGAUACAGGCCAGGAUGCCAUUGGCCUUCUCAGCCACCUGGGCACACUCUGGCUCAUGUGCAGCUGCUGUUGACCAGCACCCCCAGGUCAUUUUCUGCUGGGCCAUUUUGCAGCCUGUAGCGCUGCCUGGGGUUGUUGUGGCCAAAGUGCAGGACCCAGCACUUGGCCUUAUUGAGCCUCAUACAACUGUCCUCAGCCCAUCAAUCCAGCCUGUCCAGAUCAAUUCAACAGAAUUCAACAGCUAGCUCAGAGAUCUCAGAGCAGCAGAGUUGAACAAACCCAAGUCCUCUCCAAGUUUUAAAAAUAUGACCAGUUCUCCGUUAAGGAGUCUGCAACUCUGAGUCACUGAAUAAAAUCUAAAAAAUUCUAAAGACAGAAAGAAAUCUUUAAUCUCACUGCAUACACAUAAAGUUUUCUUUUUCUGUCAGCUUCAUGCUGGUGUAGAGCAACUGUCUGCAAGGCUUGGGUUAGAUUGCUUUUGCAGGGGGUUGUC